AAAACCCACUAUAGUGAAGAAGCUGAGGGAAGACUGUUAACCAUACCCAUGCGAAGAUAAAUUAAAAACUUCAGGUUAUGAUUAAGUCCUACAGAAACUGGAUUAAAUGGUGGAUUGCACUGAUGCCACCUAUCUUGUACAUUUGUUCAGAAUACCUACCACUUCCAAUUCAUUGCUACUUUUACUUUACUUUUGUGCAGAGGGAAGUAGCUCUAGUCUCCAAAACUACUUUUCAUGUAUACAUAUAACUGCUAACAUUGAUUGUUGUUACACUUUGAUUACAGUGAAACAAGAUAUUGGAAUUAACUCCCUGUGUUGCAAGAGGGGAAAAAAACCUGAAAAAACCCCCUGAACACAAAAACCAUGAGAGACCGCCUCCAAGAGCUUAAACUGAGAGCUAAGGAACUACAGCUAGCUGGAGAAAACAAUGGUGCAACUGUACAAGAAGAGGAGCAGGAGGACUUCGAACAGCAGGCCAUUAUUUAUGAAAAAGAGCCCAUAACUGAAAGGCACUUGCAUGAAAUCCAGAAGCUUCAGAAUGAAAUUAAUAAUUUGGUGGAAGAAGUUCAUAAAUUCAGUCAACAACAAAAAAGCCUACUAUCUUCAAUGAGAAGAUUCAGUGUUCUUAAAAAGGAAUCUAACAUAGCAAGAGAAAUAAAAAUUCAAGCAGAGCACAUACGAAAAUGUUUGGAUGAACUGUCAAAAACAGUGAAAAAGGCUGAAAAUGAACAUGGGCCAUCACGUGCCACAGUAAGAAUUUUAGCUUCCCAGCACGCUUUCUUAUCCCAGCGUUACCUAAAUGCUAUGCUGUCAUACAAUGAUGCUAUAACUGCUAAGCAAGAGAAAUGCAGAAGAUUUAUUGUUCGUCAGCUUGAAGUAGCUGGUAAAGAAGUAUCUGAGGAAGAAGUCAAUGACAUGCUCCAACAAGGAAAAUGGGAGAUUUUCAAUGAAAAUCUACUCACUGAAGUAAAAAUUACCAAAGCUCAGCUUUCGGAGAUUGAACAGAGACACAAAGAACUAGUCAAUCUGGAGAACCAGGUCAAAGACUUAAAGGAACUUUUUAUCCAGAUAUCAGUUCUGGUGGAAGAGCAAGGGGAGAUGAUCAACAACAUUGAAAUCAGUAUGAACAACACUCAAGAAUACACUCAAGUAUCUAAAGAAAAAUUUGGGCUUGCAGUCAAGUAUCAAAGAAGAAACCUUUGCAAAGCAGUGUGCUGCUGGUGUUGUCCAUGCUGCAAAUGACAAAAGAAAUAAACUUUGAAAUACCAAUGGUUCCUAUUUAGUAAACUAUUCUUGUAAAGCAGUUUCAGGAUCCCUCGAUUGCUUCAUUUUUCUUCCCAUUUCCCCCUCCACAGAGCUCUCAGGAAAAACUGCAUCUGUUUUUCCAAAGAGUUAGAAGAAUGAAAAGAAUUCUAUGUUUUCACAGAAACACAUGAACUAGGGGAAAGGAUCAAAGGACACAAGAGACACUUUUUUGUUCUUCCACUCAAACUAAAACAAUGUGGCAACAAACUACCUGUACUUUUGGGAAGCAUUGAAAAUAUUGUUAAUCUCAAUGACAGGAUUCAGAAGAACGGUUUAGUUACCUUUUACAAAAUAACGAUUAGUGGUUUUAAUUGCCUUGUGGUUUUUUAGCGCUUAUAUUUACUUGGUUCAAAUUCUAAGGUUUUUUUUCCAGGAAUCUGAAAUUCUACAAAAACCCCCUAAAAUGUACACAUAAAGCAGACUUCGUUAGUAACAAUCCAGAACGUGAUGCCUAAACCAAAUGAGAAGUCAGAAAACAGUAUUAGGAGUGUUUCAAUACUACCUCUAUAGGAAAAGUUACUUACAAGCUUACUUACCUACUUAACACCAUCAAAUAUUGCUCAUGUUAUAGUAGGACAGAGUGUACUGUCUUAUGGAAUGCAAAACAGACAUUGGGUUAUUUAUUUUAAUAACACCAUGCUGUAUUUCUUACAGAUGGGUGUUGAGCUGGUAUUUUCUGAACACAUUAAAGAUCACUAGCAGCAGAAGACCACAUCACCAAACUUGCAGGGACAUGUUAGCAGCCUGCUCAGAAGCCAAGCAUUAAUAAACUGACAUAGAGGUAUUUACAUUAUUCAACUACUUAGGCAGACCCCUACGAGGUAAGGAUAGGGGAAUAUGACACUUUAUUACACAGUGGUAAGACACAUUCUUACUUUUGCCUAGCCUAUCUAAAUAUGCAGUUGCCUCUGCAGUCUCACUUUCCCUAGUAUAAAAAUGAAGGAAAAAAUAUAAUUAAAAAAAUAGAACUCCAUCCUUAUAAAAAUAAACAUAAUCUAGAACCAGAGAAUGAUUUAGGUCACAAGGAACUUCUGGGGGACAUGCAGAGCAACCUCUUGCUCAAACUCUUGAUCAAAUCAAGACAGGAAUUUCCCUGGUUGCAGCUCUUGUCCACCACUUCUCAUCCUACCACCACACCUCUGAGAGGAGCCUUGUUCUGUUAUCUUCACACCUUACUAGUAGGCAGUAGGAAGAUCUCUCCCUUAGUUUCUUCAUCUUAAGUCCAAACAAAUGCAGCUCUCUGACUCUCCUCAUAUGUCACACACUCCAAUACCCAAGCAGCAUGGACUCACUAUAGUAUAAUCAACAUUUGUCUUCACGGUCUUCUUGUAUUGGGAAGUCCAGAACCAGCCAUGUUAUAGGACAUGCAUUUAUUUGUACUACUACAGGAGCAGCCAGAAGAACUAGUUGAGGGUUUCCAGAACUCUAAAGGGUUCCAUGAAAUUCUGCUAAUUGUAGAAGCCUAGGAUCCUCAUGUAGGUAUGCAAAACAGAUGCCUGAAGUAGUAAAUAUGAAUACCUCCCCUGAGUACCUUAAACAGAGCAGCUAGCCAUUGACUCAACCUGUCCCUGAAGAUACCUUAGAUGUUCUUUAUGAAACAGCUGAAUUAGCAAGACAGGAAGUAUACCACUGUUUUAUUUUGCAGCAGCAGUUAUUUCUGCAGUGAAGAGAAGCAAGCAGAAGCAGAGUGCUUUUGCUUUCCAUGGUCCCAAUGGUUGGUUUCUGCCCUGUACCUAACCCCUUUUGGAACUGACUGAGAAAUCAUGCUCUAGUGCAGUUUAACAGAAAAUAACAACGCAACUGAGACAAAAGAGUUAUUUCCAAAAAGAAAAACAAUGCACAAACCCCACUAAAAACCAAACACCAAACCAGGAAUGUUAUUUCUGAACUCCGUUAUGCUGUGCAAAGACACAAUCAAUACCACUAUACCUGGAUACAGUCAAAGAAGUCAGAGCAAAUUGCACUGCAAUUCUGCAAGACACUAAGUGAGCUAGAUGUCUUUAAUUGCAUCUAGUGGGGGUGGGAAUCAAUCUACUAUCAAAAGGCUCUAUUGAAUUAUUUUCAUACUGCGAUAUCUAUAAAUAGUUGGGAUUCCUUCCAUCCCAGCUGAAAAUUGCAACUGAAAUUAACUGUUAUCAAAGUACAAUCAGAGGACUGAACCUUAAAAUGAAAAAUACUAUUUACAAAGUAGCGACAAAAAAUAAAAUUAGAUAAUGACACCACUGAUACUAUCCCAUUAAAUAAUCUACCCUAACUGUUACCUAUAUGGAAGCUACCUUUACGUGCCAAGGGAGGAGUAGAAAUUAGCCAAUAAGCAAUACAGAGAAAAAAGUUGCUGUGGCCAACAUGCUCUUUCGUGUAUAUAUGUAUGUAUAUAAACAUAUAUAAUACACACAUUAAUAUGCAUAUAUACAUGCACUACCCAGAAACACCACACCAUCUACUUUUCCUGGUUUUACUUUUGGAAAAAACAAAGGUACAUAACAGGUAGCCCUUUCCUUCUCUCCUGGGUCCUUAAAAAGAAAUGCAUUAUGGUACUUCUAUGAAGGAUUAUUGCAGCCAGCAUUGACAGAAGAGAAAACCAAAAUACAACAAACAUCACCUAUUUACACAGCAUCCCCCAUGCAGGAGUGUUCAUACAAGCAUCGCUUAUCUGAGAGAGAAAUGUGUUCCCGGGCUAGCCCUUCCUCUUCACACAACAGAUACGUUUCUUUGAAAUAAACAUGGUCUUGUUAAACAAGAGCUGUACUUUAAAUCCUGGAAGAAAACUCGAGUUUCACUACUACUAAAGGAAGACAGCUGCCUAUCCACACAUUGUAAAUAAUUCAAGUAGUUUUCAGCUGUAUAUUGAUUACAAAAUGGCAAAACAGAAACAUACAUAACAUGUUGCAGAACUGAGAAGAGAGGAGACCAGAAAGACUUGUGGAAAGGUUUUUCUUAAUACGAGGUGCUAUUAACUGAUAGUAAAAAUAUUAAGUACAAAUUACAUUGACAUAAUGAGAAAUUGAUAUUAAGCAUUCAAAAUUAUUAAAAGCAGAAAUUUUACAGUAAUCAUUAAAAUAACUUUCCAGUGUUUUUUUUGUUACAUAGUUAUGCAGAAGAGCAAACAAAUUAAAGCAGAGCUGCUAGUGUUCUAGUAAGAAAUGUGAAAUAUUAAUAGCUAUAAUCCCUCAUCACCAAAAUAGCAGGUAGAAAGUAGCUUUCUACUAAAAAAAAUACCUGCCCAGCAAUCUCUCUGGUAUAAAAAUAUCAGCCAUAGCACACGGAAUUGUAUUUCCUCUUGCACGUGUUUCAUGUCAAAGAAAAAAAAAAAACAAA